GCGGGGCUUGUUCGUAAUGGCGCGGGAGGGCUCCCUGGCGGAUCCAGAUGUGCCCCCAGCUGUGGAGCCCCCCCAAACCCCCCCAGAUGAGGAGGGGGAGGAGCCAAAUCCAGAUGUUGGGAGCCCAAAAACACCCAAAAUUAUCCUGAAAGACCCUGAAACUCCAGAUGUGGUUGCAGAGCCCCCAAAUCCAGAUGUUUUGAGCCCUAAAAAGAGAAUCCAGAUGUUGAUGAUGGACAGUGACACAGAUGUGGAAGAGGAGCCAAAUCCAGAUGUUGGGAGGCCCAAAACCGGGCUCCAGAUGUUGCUGGUGGAGAGUGACACAGAUGUGGAGGAGGAGGAGCCAAAUCCAGAUGUUGGGAGCCCAAAAACACCCAAAAUUAUUCUAAAAGUCCCUGAAAGUCCAGAUGUGACAGCAGAGCCCCCAAAUCCAGAUGUUUUGGGGGCCAAAAACAGGAUCCAGAUGUUUUCAGCUGGAAGUGACACAGAUGUGGAGGAGGAGGAGCCAAAUCCAGAUGUUGGGGGCCCAAAAACACCCAAAAUUAUCCUAAAAGACCCAGAAACUCCAGAUGUGGCAGCAGAGCCCCCAAAUCCAGAUGUGGGGGCCAAAAAUGAGAUCCAGAUGUUCUCAGUGGACAGUGACACAGAUGUGGAGGAGGAGGAGCCAAAUCCAGAUGUUGGGGGCCCAAAAACACCCAGAAUUUUCCUGAAAGACCCUGAAACUCCAGAUGUGGUUGCAGAGCCCCCAAAUCCAGAUGUUUUGGGGGCCAAAAUUAGGAUCCAGAUGUUCUCAGUGGAGAGUGACACAGAUGUGGAGGAGGAGGAGCCAAAUCCAGAUGUUGGGGGCCAAAAACACCCAAAAUUAUUAAGAGUGCCUGAUACUCCAGAUGUGGCAGCAGAGCCCCCAAAUCCAGAUGUUUGGGGGGCCAAAAAGGGAAUCCAGAUGUUCUCAGUGGAGAGUGACACAGAUGUGGAGGAGGAGGAGCCAAAUCCAGAUGUUGGGAUCUCAAAAACGCCCAAAAUUAUCCUAAGAGUGCCUGAAACUCCAGAUGUGACAGCAGAGCCCCCAAAUCCAGAUGUUGGGAGGCCCAAAAAUGGGAUCCAGAUGUUCUCAGUGGACAGUGACACAGAUGUGGAAGAGGAGAACCAAAAUCCAGAUGUUGGGGGCCCAAAAACACCCAAAAUGACCCAAAAAACCCCCAAAACUCCAGAUGUGGCAGCAGAGCCCCCAAAUUCAGAUGUUUUGGGACCCAAAAAAGGGCUCCAGAUGUUGGUGGUGGACAGUGACACAGAUGUGGAAGAGGAGGAAGCAAAUCCAGAUGUUGGGGGCCCAAAAAGGACCAAAAUGACCCCAAAAACACCCAGAAUGGCCCUAAAUGUUCCUGAAAGUCCAGAUGUGGAAGCAGAACCCCCAAAUCCAGAUGUUUUGGGAGCCAAAAAUGGGAUCCAGAUGUUCUCAGUGGAGAGUGACACAGAUGUGGAGGAGGAAGACCCAGAUGUGGCCACCCAGCUGUUUCUGCCCCAUCCAGAUGUGCAGGAGGAGGGGAGGAUCAGAUGUGGCCACCCAGCUGUUCCUGCCCCAUCCAGAUGUGCAGGAGGAGGAGGAUCAGAUGUUGGGCUCCCCAAACUCCUGCGGGCAGGGCCGGAUCCAGAUGUGGCCCCAGAGCCCCCCAGUCCAGAUGUUCUGGGGCCCCAACACCCAGAGGAGGAGGAGGAAGAUCCAGAUGUGGCCACCCAGCUGUUCUUGUCCCCUCAUCCAGAUGUGGAAGGCGAAGAAGAGGACCCAGAUGUUUCUCCACCCCCAAAAAGACCCAAAAUGGCCCCAAACCCCCCAGGAAUUCCAGAUGUGACUCCAGGAGCAUCAAAUCCAGAUGUGCAAGAGGAAGAGAGGGAGGAGGAUCCAGAUGUGGCCACCCAGCUGUUCCUCCCUCAUCCAGAUGUUCAGGAGGAGCCCAAUGCAGAUGUUGGACCCCCAGACCCCCCCAGAGCUCCAGAUGUGGCCCCAGAGCCCCCCAAUCCAGAUGUUCUGGGGCCCCAACACCCAGAGGAGGAGGAGGAAGAUCCAGAUGUGGCCACCCAGCUGUUUCUGCCCUAUCCAGAUGUGGAAGAGAGAGAGGAGGAUCCAGAUGUUUCCCCACCCCCAAAAAGAGCCAAAACGACCCCAAAACCCCCAGGGAUUCCAGAUGUGGCCCCAGAGACUUCAAAUCCAGAUGUUUUGGGACCCCCAGAGCCCCUCACAGCUCCAGAUGUGACCCCAGAGCUCUCAAAUCCAGAUGUGCAAGAGGAAAGACCAGAGGAAGAUCCAGAUGUUUCUCCACCCCCAAAAAGACCCAAAAGGACCCAAAACCCCCAGGGAUUCCAGAUGUGGCCCCAAGGCCCCCCAAUCCAGAUGUGCAGGAGGAAGAGAAAGAGGAGGAUCCAGAUGUGGCCACCCAGCUGUUCCUCCCUGAUCCAGAUGUGGAAGAGAGAGAAGAAACCAGAUGUUCCAGCCCCAAAAAGACCCAAAAUGGCCCCCAAAUCCCCGGGGAUUGCAGAUGUGGCCCCAGAGCCCAUCAAUCCAGAUGUUCUGGGACCCAAACCACUGGAGGAGGAGGAGGAAGAUCCAGAUGUGGCCACCCAGCUGUUCCUCCCUGAUCCAGAUGUGGAAUUGAGAGAGGAGAAUCCAGAUGUUCCAGCCCCAAAAAGACCCAAAACAAUCUCAAAAUCCCCAGGGACUCCAGAUGUGGCCCCAGGGGCAUCAAAUCCAGAUGUGCAGGAAGAGGAUCCCAAUCCAGAUGUUUCUCCACCCCCAAAAAGACCCAGAACAACCCCAAAACCCCCAGCAAUUCCAGAUGUGGCCCCAGAGCCCAUCAAUCCAGAUGUUUUGGAUCCCCAACCCCUGGAGGAGAAGGAGGAAGAUCCAGAUGUGGCCACCCAGCUGUUCCUCCCUGAUCCAGAUGUGGAAGAAAAAGAUGAGGAUCCAGAUGUUUCUCCACCCCCAAAAAGACCCAAAAGGGCCCCAAAACCCCCAGGGAUUCCAGAUGUGGCCCAAGAUCCUUCCAAUCCAGAUGUUUUGGGACCCCCAGACCCCCUUACAGCUCCAGAUGUGACCGCAGAGCUCUCAAAUCCAGAUGUGCAGGAGGAAAGACCAGAGGAAGAUCCAGAUGUUUCUCCACCCCCAAAAAGACCCAAAAUGGCCCCAAAACCCCCAGGGAUUCCAGAUGUGGCCCCAGAGCCUCCCAAUCCAGAUGUUUUGGAGCCCCAACCCCCAAGAGAAAAUCCAGAUGUUGCUCCCCCCCCUAAAAAAAGGCCCAGGAGGGCCCCAAAACCCCCAGGAAUUCCAGAUGUGGCCCCAAAUCCAGAGGCGGGCCUGAGGAGGAGGGCGGAGCCUGAAGAGGAGGGGGCGGAGCCUGAGGAGGAGGAAGGGGCGGGGCCAGCAGGGGGCGCCCGGCGCAGGCUCCGCCCCCGCGCCGCCAAAGACCACGCCCACGUGAGGGUUCUGUUCACGGGCGUGGUGGCCUCGGGGUCCCUCCUGCUGGCCCUGGGCUCCCUGGGGGGCUCGGUGGCCUCGGGGCCCGGGGACUGCACCCACCUGGUGGCCCGGGGGGCUCACAGGACCCUCAAAUUCCUCUGUGCCCUGGCCAGGGGGGUCCCCAUCGUCACCCCAAGAUGGAUCACUGAGAGCCGGCUCUGGGGUCGUUUUUUGUCCCCGGGGCCGUUCCUGGUCCGGGACCCCCCCCGGGAGAAACUUUUUGGGUUCCGCCUGCGCCCGGCGCUGGAGAGAGCUCGGACACGGCCCCUGCUGCAGGUGAGGGCACUUAAUUGGCGUUUAAUUAGCAUUUAUUGGCAUUUAAUUAGCAUUGAUUGGCUCGGACACGGCCCCUGCUGCAGGUGAAGGCACUUAAUUGGUGUUUAAUUAGCAUUUAGUGGCGUUUAAUUAGCAUUUAGUGGCUUUUAAUUAGCAUUUAUUGGCAUUUAAUUGUCAUUUAUUGGCACUUCAUUAACAGUUAUUGGCUGGGACACGGCCCCUGCUGCAGGUGAAAAGGGCAGAAAAUAGACCCAAAAUGCACCAAAAAUGGCAUUUAUUGGGGUUUAUUGGCAUUUAAUUAGCAUUUAGUGGCAUUUAAUUAGCAUUUAAUGGCAUUUAAUUAGCAUUUAGUGGUGUUUAUUGGCGUUUAUUGGCAGUUAAUUAGCAUUUAAUUGGCAUUUAUUGGACCCAAAAUGGACCAAAAAUGGCAUUUAUUGGCAUUUCAUUAGCAGU